AUGGCCGACAAACAUCCGGACGUAUACCCUGCUGACUUCAUCAAGUCUGGCAACGAACUGAUUCAUUCUGGCAAAGGACAGUCCAAACCGGCUCUGAUCAUAUUGAACCAGCCCAUAGCAGACACAAGGGUAUUAGGUCGCUUAUGGAGACAUACAAGCUAUCGACUGUGCGCUGAUGGUGGUGCCAACCAACUCUACGAUCUGUUCACACAAAAUGACCCAUCGCAACUAGACCAAUAUGUAAGAAGACUCGCAGAUUUUCCCAGUGCCAUCUGA